AUGACCUCCACCACUAUGAACAGGUACUGGAUUCCUCAGGAGGAUAUCCACAAGAAGGUUAUCAGCAGCGAGAUACAGCACUAUCUGGGGCCAGAUGCUACCGUGAGAGCCUAUAGCAAAGAUGGAGAAGAUGGUUAUUUGAUAACAACUCCUGGUCCUUGCUUCUCAGACGAACAAAUCGACGAACUGCGUGUCAAGUCCAAGGAGAUGUGGAACCGACAAGCGGCACUAAGAUCGGAGUCUGGCGAGAAAGAAGUACCUUUGAAAAGACCACUACAUCCGCCAGUUAUCAUCUCAAGAGGCGGAGAAGGCGGCGCCUCGCGAAGAAGGCGACCCCUUCACAGGUGGUACUCUCACCAUUUGAAUCUGUAUAACAGAAAUCUCACUAUCCAACAGGGUUCUGACUUAUCCAAAGCGGAUCCUGACCUUAAUACCGAUGUCAUCGACUUGCAACCAAUGUCUAGGAAACACCAUAUUUCCCAAAGGAGCAAUGAACAAAAUGAAUUCUCUAGUUCGGCAGUCUCUACCUCAGCAUCGAACCUAUACGAAUCAGAAGGCCGUCAUGGAAAGGUUCUAGGUGGUAUGGGGUGGGAUAAGUCCUGCGCUCUUGGUGGCGGGGAAGAAUCUCACACAGACUCCGGAACCUCAAUUGAUGAAGGCCACAAAUCAGCCGGCAAAGAGCUUGCUCAGCUGCUCCUUCGUCGUUAUGACAUAUCAGACGCGGGCUUGGCUCUGUUGUCAACGUUCGGCCCAAUGCGACUCCAGGACGACCUUGCUCGUACCCUGUCUCACUUUGGGCGGGAUCUGAAGCGAGAAGCAAGUUCCCCCACGGAACAAUCAGCAGUACACUUUGUAAUCCAAUCACGCAAGAGAAUAGCGGCAAGUAUGGUGGAAGCUUUGAUACUGCAUCGUGGACACGAGACACUCGGGUUUGCUGAUGUAACCACAAACAACGACAAGGAACACAGGAUUCAGGAAGAUCUCGGGCUUGAACACCAUAUUAAGUCUCCUGUGGAGGAAGUCUGGACCGACCAAGAUGCCGAGGUUGACGAAAGCGAGAUCGAAAGUGAGAUCAUCUCCAAUCUUGACUGUGUCAAGUCAUUCAUUGCCAAUAGUAAAGCACUGAGGAUUCUAUCCGGUCGCUUUAAAUACUGGCCGAUUGAACAAGGUCGCGUGGAUCAGCAAGAAAAUCAUUGUUCCUUCGACCAUGAAGAAGAGCAACGUUCCUCCAAUGUUCAAACCAGCGAUCAACAAGGUCACAACAUGUCAACAAGCCUCCCUGACUCUGAAGGAGCUAAUCUGAAUUCCGCUACCGGAGGUGAGACAGUCAUCUCAGAGGACUUCCAGCUGCUCGACCCUAUAACGUCUUCAGAACGUGAACAUCAUGCUUCUACCAACACACCAAUGGAUUUCACAAUGCUAAUAUGGAAGCAGAGAUGUGGGCGCCGGCUACAGCUCACGGUGCCUAAAGAAAAUGAGACUGCACUCCGGAGAUUCAUCCAGAAUACAGCAGCCUCAGGAUCUCCCCCCAAGGCCUCUUCCACCACUUCCGAUUCCGACGGGCCCUACGAGAGGCAUACAUCCAGGAGCUCUUCUCAGGCUCUCGCUUCGACUUCUGCAUCUGAAAGCGACAGAGCUAACACGGUCGACACGGAUCCCUCUAGCGUAGGCUCCGAUGAAGAGGGGCCGCAAUAUCCAGAUGCCGCGCCGGGGACGCGAAAAUAUUUGCUCCUAUGCGCCAAGUCCGGGGUUCAUCGGAUCUCGCUUGCCCAUAUCGACUUAACUAAUAUGAACCAUGACGAGGUAUUGUUUCAACAUAUUCGAACCGAAUACGCCAGACUUCGGGGCCGUGCGGCAAGGAACCCUUUCCUCGUGCCCAGGACGAUGCAUUAUAUCAAGUUGCAGUUGGUAUUCCGACACAAAUCCAAGGAAUGCGUCGGGAACUUCUACUUGGACACUGCCGACUCCAUCCCGCCCCCGAAACACGUCAGAGAAGGGCUAUACACCUACAAGCCCUGCCCCGUGGACAUGCCUCCGUUCCCGAUACAUCCCCAUGUCUUCAUGCAUUCAUUCCUCUACCCGGGAGAUCACUGCGGCUCUCAGAUCUUCCAGCGCCUACCCAAGAAGAUGCAUUGCCAGCUUUCGUGUCAGGACGAUCCCUUCCAAACCCCUAUGGGGUGGGGCAUUUGUAUCGUCGAUGGCUUUGACUGGAGACUCCUUCGGAUUCUGGUGCUUUCUACCGUUCUCGUGUCUUGUGUCGUGACGGUUCUGUGGUCAGCCCUCAUGAAAGACGUUCAAGGAGGUACUGGUAUGGGGCAAUAUGCGAUGGCCCUCCUUGCUAUGUCUUUAACAGUCAUAGGUUUAGAGCUGGCGUACGGGAAUCUCGAUUCAUGUAUGUGA